AUGUGCCCCUUUGGGAGGCGAGCCGGUCUAGACCAAAGAGGGGCGGGCGCGCCCGGGAGUCGGCGCAAGGACCGGAGAGGGGGAGAGGCCGAACUCUUGGUUCUGGCCGCCUAUCCACUUGGAGGGCUCACUUCCCCAAACAGACAAGUCGAAUAUAUCGUUGCAUCGCAGGCCGCGGCCCCGAGCCGUGGACAGCCACCAUUUCGGCAUGUCAGUCAGGUGUCACCUGAUGUCAGGCUCGCUUCUAACAAAGCCCCGUUUGCUGAACACCCCAAGGACAUUUCCGGAGACGAAACAUGCACGACAGUCUUUUCUUUCACCUUUUCCCUUCCGUCUCCCUUUGCAUUUGUCACUGGUAAGGAAGAUCCGCUGUCCACCAUGCGGGCCAUCCUUCUCGUGGCACAGCUCCUCAAGCGGCUUACCGCUCCCACGGAGCCCCCGCCCCAGGGAGCUCUGCCAACAGGACUGGUCAGCUGCCCGUCUGACGCCAUGUGCCGCGACCCAGAGGUCGAGGACCGCCACGUCAAGGAGACUGGGAGCACAGCUUCUAGGAUCGCUGCUCAAGAAAAGGAAACAAUCAGCGAGCUAAGAUGAUAGCGGUAGCCUGGCUCCUCAUGCUGCUGCGCCCAGCUCCAGAGCUCCAGCCUGGCAGGGGGCUGACCGGUUUGCUUGGGGAGUUUAGGCAUACAGUAGUCCCAUGAGGGG